ACGAGGAAUCCCGCACCUGCAGCUCCGUCCUCUGGUGGUCACCCCUGCUGGACCUGCGUCCCCGACACCCUAGGUGGCAGCAUCACUGGAUCGAGAUGACCACAGUCACUCCUCUGCGGGCCACCACCUUCUUCUCACUGAACAUGACCACCCGGGGAGAGGACUUCCUCUAUAAGAGUUCUGGAGCCAUCAUCGCUGCCAUCGUGGUGGUUGUCAUCAUCAUCUUCACUGUGGUCCUGAUUCUACUGAAGAUGUACAACAGGAAAAUGAGAACAAGGCGGGAGCUGGAGCCCAAGGGCCCCAAGCCUACCAGCCCUUCUGCCCCGGACCCCAGCAGCACCAGCAGCCAGAACCCUGCCACAGUCACCUUCAGCCCGGUGGCCGUCCACGUGGAGACUUGAUGACCUUUCCCCUGCACCAUCCUGAGAGCUUUCUCCAGAAUCGAGUCCCAGGAGCACACUUAUCUGGCAGCUUCGCGCGAGCUCCUUUGGGCAAGUCGACAGACGCAUCUGUUGCGCGUGCCUUGAUGCUUCAGGCCACCCCGACUCUCAUUUUGCUGUGCCCCUGUCUCUGCACCCCAACUAUA